CUGUCGCGAACUUCCCCGCGCCUCUGGGCUGUUGGAGCCUGGUCAUUCCGUUGGCCGUUGGCGAUUUACUCGGAUGGCGGAUGGUGUUAACAUUUCGCUUCUUUGCUAAAACCGUCCAACUCCCUCACCAUGCCGGUGACCGACCCGGUGACUGUGAAUACCUUCAUCAGUUCCCUCCGGCCUGGUCUGGCCGUCCCCGCGUGACAUCACCGCCUGCACGCUCAGGUCCCCCCCGCCAUCAGCCAAAAGGCAUCCAUUCUCCUCGUGCCCGCCUGGCGGCUGUGAGUUCAUUCAGCUCGCUCUCCAAAUCUCACCCCGCCAUCUCACUCACCUCAUUCACACAACCAACUGUCUUUUCUUUCAUCAACGCUCAUCAAGGCGAUUCAUGGUGGCAAGCGAGGUCCACAUGGGUAUAACUUGCAGCAUAGACACGGUCGAGUCUGACAGCGAUGCUGAAAAAAAUAAUACGCAAGUCCCCGAGGAAACGCACCCGCACUCAGUCAAUAUCACCCACACGGCGCUGGUUUACAAGAUCGAUGGCUGACCUGUUCGUCCACAGGCCCGACGUUGUGAGUGAAGCUAGCGCAAGAAGCAUGGCUGUAAGAAAGGCUCAAGGCUCUGGCGCUGAGUCCUGUACUCGGCUCAACGGGGUGUCUAAUGGUAAUGGAACUCGAGGUGAAGGCUGGAUGGCUCAGUAUGACUGCGUUGGGCCACUGGAGGCUGCUGCAAGAAGACGGAAUCCAGAAAUCGAUUCAUCAAGCCCCUGUCUCACAGAUCAGCUUCAUGCUUUCACUGGACGGACGUCUGAAGAAACAAAGAAACCAAAACCAUGGUCGUUACGGAGUUCUUCAAGAAAUGUGACGCUCUCAGCUCCGAGAGAAUUCUUUGACGCAGCAGAUAAGGACAUUGAGGGAACUAUCACGACGUAUGACGAGCUACGGAAGGCACUCAAGGACCACGAAGAUGCACUUUCGUUUGAGAAUACCUGCACGAUCAACGCUUCGGUGCUCGAGAUCAAGGCCAACGCUAAGCUUCAGGCUCUCAAAAAGGACGACAUCGAACGCUAUUACACGCCAGCUCCGCCCAGGCAGGGGUUUCAGGGCCAGGAGCAUCCUCGUUUCUACGGAGAUCAUUUCCUUUCCAACAUCGACUUAAUUCAACAAACCCAACUUUUCAGUCUCUUCCGCGCCAUGCCCAAAGGCGCUCAUCUUCAUAUUCACUUCAACGCUAACCUAUUACCAAACUUUUUACUUGAUAUUGCGAAGGAGAUGACCCGCAUGUAUAUUUGGUGCAACAUGCCACUGGUGAAUGACAGGGGGCAGGUAGACCGGACCGCUUUGGAUCGGUGCCGGGUACAGUUCAGUAUUAUGAACGAAGCGGCAGUGAAGGAGCGAGGCGAGGGCAAUAUUUUUGAUGCCGCUUACCAAAACAGGACUGUGAUGCAGUUCUCUAGGUUUCGGGAAGAAUUCCGUCGGAGGUACGCCCAGGAGGACAUUGACAGAGUUGAUAAAUGGCUACAAAACAAGCUGGUCUUUGAAGAAGAGGAGGCCCACGGUUUGCUUCAAACAGCAAAAGGGGCAUGGGAAAAGUUCAACGCGAGAACGCAAAUGAUGAAGGGCCUCUUCAACUAUAAAAGUGCAUACGCAAGAUAUACACGCCAUUGCUUAGAGGAGUUCGCCGAUGACAACAUCCAGUACGCCGAGAUCCGUGUGAAUUUCAUGUCGACAAACCAAGUAUGGGAAGAUGACGGGUCCAAAAAACUUGACAACGAAGGAAUCACAGAUCUGAUUAUCGAUCAAUACGAGAAAUUCCAACGCCAGCAUCAAGGAAAAGUGGUUCAGGGGCUCAAGAUCAUCUAUUGCACGCCACGGUCAUUCGACACCGAGCAGGUGGAAGAGUCGCUUCACGAGUGUCUCGAGUUCAAGCUCAAAGAGAAGUACUCAAACUACAUUGCCGGUUUUGACUUGGUUGGCGAAGAAGGCAAAGGUCACCCCUUACAUUAUUUCACAAAGCAGCUGCUUCGAUUCCAGAAGGCCUGUCGGCUAGCAGGAACCUCCAUACCGCUUUUGUUGCACUGCGGUGAGACUCUGGAUCAUGGCGAUGAGACGGACAGAAACCUGCUCGAUGCUCUCCUGCUCGGCUCCAAGCGGAUCGGCCACGGGUUUGCCCUGCCGCGGCAUCCUUUUAUUAUGGAGCAGAUGAAACAGCACAACAUCUGUGUGGAAGUGUGCCCAAUAUCGAACGAGAUACUGGGACUCACGCCGAGAAUAAGCGGGCACUCUGUGUACAACCUGCUGGCUAAUAAUGUCCACUGCACUGUGAGCACCGACAACGGGACACUAUUUAGAUCGCGAUUAUCACACGACUUUUACCAAGUACUGGCAGGAAAGGCAGACAUGACGCUCCAUGGACUUCGGCAGCUGAUUGAGUGGAGUCUUGAGCACUCGUGCAUGGAUGCAAAGGAGAGGGAAAAGGUGCAUACCGCUUGGCUCCACAUGUGGGAGAAGUUUUGUCUGAGGAUUGUCAAGGGUGAAUUUGACCAACCGCAACAGCGAAGAGACGGCGAGGCUACCUUGGGGGUGGCUGGAAACGAGAAAAAGACAGCUGUUAUGCCCGGCCCAUGA